UCAAACCUUCUUCCUGCAGCAGUAUCACAUGAGGGUUUAUUUAAAGGAAAAAAAGAGCGGUGAACAGCGUCUGACGUGAAUGAAGGUCACAGGGAGAGAGUGAUCCCUCCCUUUCUGUCCCGGCUGCCGGGCUCGGGGAAUUGCAGAUCCGUUGCCCGGCUUGACUCAGCUUCAGAGUGGCUCAAUAUUGACAUAAAAAUAGAACAACAAUCCUAAGCCCUCUGUUCAUCAUGGCCAGUUUAUUCCGCGGUGUGACGUACUGCACUUUACCACUGUUCCAAAGUGUACCAGCUCUUACGGUUAAACAAACACCCUGCAAACGUUAUUUUAAAACUUAUCGGGUUUUGUGGAACCAACAAGCAAUUAAAGGUGUCCGUUACAAAGAUUUGGUGGUUGGGAUUCCUAAAGAAAUCUAUAAGAAUGAGAAGAGAGUGGCCGUGUCUCCUGCAGGUGUUGAAGCUCUUGUUAAGCAGGGAUUUACUGUGAAAGUGGAGUCCACGGCCGGUGAAGGUGCCAAGUUCUCUGACGAUCAAUAUCGAGAGGCUGGAGCCACUAUUAAUGAGACAAAAGAUGUUUUUGGAUCGGACAUUGUUUUAAAGGUCAGGGCUCCAAGCUUCAAUAAUACGUUGGGAGCACAUGAAGCAGACCUACUAAAGGAGAGAGCUACUCUUAUCAGUUUCAUCUAUCCAGCCCAAAAUGCUGACCUCAUGAGUAAACUUGCUGAGCGCAAAGCCUCAGUCCUAGCGAUGGACCAGGUCCCUCGAGUUACUAUAGCUCAGGGAUAUGAUGCUCUUAGUUCCAUGGCUAACAUAGCAGGGUAUAAGUCUGUUGUCCUGGCAGCUAACCAUUUUGGUAGAUUUUUCACUGGUCAGAUAACAGCUGCUGGAAAAGUACCUCCUGCAAAGGUACUGGUUAUUGGGGGAGGUGUUGCUGGUUUAGCUGCUGCUGGUGCUGCAAAAUCGAUGGGAGCCAUAGUCCGUGGUUUUGACACAAGAGCUGCAGCCUUGGAACAGUUUAAAUCAUUUGGAGCAGAGCCUCUUCAAGUUGAUGUGGAGGAGUCAGGAGAAGGAACUGGAGGAUAUGCUAAAGAGAUGUCAAAGGAAUUUAUUGAAGCUGAAAUGGCACUGUUUGCCAAACAGUGUAAGGAAGUGGAUAUUCUCAUUAGUACUGCUCUGAUCCCAGGAAAACGGGCUCCAAUUCUAAUCACUCAGGAGAUGGUGGAAACAAUGAAGGAUGGCUCGGUUAUCGUGGAUCUAGCUGCUGAAGCUGGUGGAAAUAUUGCAACAACAAAACCUGGAGAAGUUUAUGUGCACAAGGGUGUGACCCACGUCGGCUAUACAGAUCUACCAAGCAGAAUGGCCACACAGUCCAGUAGCCUGUACUCGAACAACAUUUUGAAGCUCUUAAAGGCAAUUAGCCCUGACAAGGAGUACUUUCACUUUGAGCCCAAGGAUGAAUUUGGCUAUGGAACAGUUGAUCAUGUUAUCCGAGGCACUUUGGUAAUGCAGGAAGGCAAAAAUUUGUUUCCCGCACCCCAACCCUUAAAUGUUCCAGUGAGUGCUCCUGUUAAACAAAAGACAGUUUCGGAGCUUGAAUUUGAAAAAGAGGCCAUGGCUUCUCCCUUCACAAAGACAAUGACCUCUGCGGGAAUCUAUACAACAGGUUUGGCUGGAGUUCUCGGGUUAGGAAUAAGCUCCCCAAAUCCUGCUUUCACUCAGAUGGUUACAACAUUCGGUCUAGCAGGCCUUGUGGGAUAUCACACUGUGUGGGGCGUCACUCCGGCUCUGCAUUCACCGCUAAUGUCUGUGACGAAUGCCAUCUCGGGUCUUACAGCUGUAGGUGGUCUAGUCCUGAUGGGAGGAAGUUACUUACCGUCAUCUGUUCCUCAAACACUUGCCCUCCUGUCGGCAUUUAUAUCAUCGGUUAAUAUAGCAGGUGGUUUCCUUAUUACCCAGCGGAUGUUGGAUAUGUUUAAGCGCCCCACAGAUCCACCUGAAUACAACUAUCUCUACAUGUUACCAGGAGCAGCAUUUCUUGGUGGUUAUAGUGCCUCUUUGGCCAGUGGAUAUAACAUAGAGCAGAUGAUGUACCUUGGUUCCGGUCUGUGUUGUGUUGGUGCAUUGGCUGGACUUUCUGCACAGAAAACAGCAAGAUUGGGAAAUGCACUGGGUAUGAUUGGUGUAGCUGGUGGUCUGGCUGCCACCCUUGGUGCAAUUAAGCCCUCACCAGAACUCCUGGGUCAGAUGUCUUCAGCCAUGGCGAUGGGUGGCACUAUAGGUCUCACCAUUGCCAAACGCAUCGAGAUAUCGGAUUUGCCUCAGCUGGUUGCUGCCUUUCACAGUUUGGUUGGUUUGGCAGCUGUUCUCACCUGCAUUGCUGAGUAUAUGAUCGAGUUCCCACACCUUGAUACAAAUCCUGCUGCGAAUCUUAUUAAGACUGUGGCUUAUUUGGGCACAUACAUCGGUGGCGUGACAUUUAGCGGUUCUCUGGUGGCUUAUGGGAAAUUACAAGGCCUACUAAACUCUGCUCCACUUAUGCUACCUGGCCGGCACUACCUGAAUGCUGGAUUGUUAGCAGCCUCAGUUGGUGGAUUGGUACCAUUCAUGCUGGAUCCCAGUUAUACCACAGGCAUGACCAGUCUAUUAAGUGUCUCUGCUUUGUCAACAAUCAUGGGCGUGACUCUCACAGCUGCCAUUGGUGGGGCUGACAUGCCUGUUGUGAUCACGGUGUUAAACAGUUAUUCUGGUUGGGCCCUGUGUGCAGAAGGUUUUCUGUUGGAUAACAAUUUAAUGACGAUUGUUGGUGCUCUGAUAGGAUCUUCUGGCGCUAUCCUCUCGUAUAUCAUGUGUGUGGCUAUGAAUCGCUCAUUACCCAAUGUAAUCUUGGGAGGAUAUGGAACAUCAUCUACUGGCACAGGCAAACCCAUGGAAAUUGUUGGAACUCACACUGAAGUAAAUGUGGAUCAGGCUGUUGAAAUGAUCAAGGAGGCCAACUCAAUCAUCAUUACUCCAGGUUGGGGCUUAUGUGCUGCAAAAGCUCAGUAUCCAAUAGCUGACAUGGUGAAGAUGCUCAUUGAGCAAGGGAAGCAGGUCAGGUUUGGAAUACAUCCUGUUGCAGGCCGAAUGCCUGGUCAACUCAAUGUACUUCUGGCUGAGGCUGGUGUACCUUAUGACAUUGUUUUAGAAAUGGAUGAGAUAAACGAGGACUUCCCAGAGACUGAUUUGGUUAUGGUUAUUGGUGCCAAUGACACUGUAAAUUCAGCAGCACAGGAAGAUCCCAAUUCUAUUAUUGCUGGCAUGCCUGUUCUGGAGGUCUGGAAAGCCAAGCAGGUUAUUGUGAUGAAACGAACCCUCGGAGUUGGCUAUGCUGCAGUUGACAAUCCUAUCUUCUACAAACCCAACUCUUCAAUGCUGCUUGGUGAUGCAAAGAAGACAUGUGAUGCUCUGCAGGGCAAGAUUAGGGAGAUGGAAAAAUAAACAUUGAUACAGAAAUGUUAUACUGAAUAAACCUGCAAUUCUGUUCCAGAACUUCGUGCUUUGAAGAUUACGGAAACUAACAGAACACCUAAUCCAGGGGAAAUUUGAAAAUAAAUAUUUUCCUAUAUUA